AUGUCUUUCCCGGAAGAAUGUAAUACGUGGCUUAAUGGGUCACUGUCACCUAAGUUUUGGUGCUGUCUAAGCCUUGAGCUGGACGCCUACGCAGAGACGCAUCUCUCUCUCUCUCUCUCUCGUCCAAACGCGGGAUUCCCAAUUCCAUUCUAGAUCUCCGUUAUGUUGUGGUUAAGCAGAGGAAGAUUUCUGGGCAGAGCCCUGGGCGUGUUUGGCCGGCGAGAAAAAGAGAAAACAGGUUGUUGGGUUGUGAUGGAGAGCACGUUGAAGGAGAUGAGGAAUGGGUAUGUAGAUGCCAGGAAUGGUGGUGCUGGGGGUGGGGUUGAGGACGUGUAUGGCGAAGAUAGCGCCACUGUUGAUCAGCUGCUGACCCCCUGGACUGUCUCUGUUGCUAGUGGAUAUAAUCUGUUGCGGGAUCCACGCCAUAACAAAGGGCUUGCCUUCAACGAGAAAGAGAGGGAUGCACACUACUUGCGUGGCCUUCUACCCCCAGCAGUCCUGAGUCAGGAGCUUCAGGAGAAGAGAGUGAUGCACAUUCUCCGCCAAUACAAAGUCCCAUUGCAAAGAUACAUGGCCAUGAUGGAUCUGCAGGAGAGAAAUGAGAGGUUAUUUUACAAGCUUCUCAUUGAUAAUGUUGAGGAACUGCUUCCAGUUGUGUAUACACCUACAGUUGGCGAGGCUUGCCAGAAAUAUGGGAGCAUUUUCAGGCAUUCCCAGGGUCUCUACAUCAGUUUGAAAGAAAAGGGAAAAAUUCUUGAAGUACUGAAAAACUGGCCUGAGAGGAAUAUUCAAGUUAUUGUUGUGACUGAUGGCGAGCGUAUUUUGGGGCUUGGGGAUCUUGGCUGCCAGGGAAUGGGGAUUCCAGUGGGAAAACUUUCUUUGUAUACAGCACUUGGAGGACUCCGUCCCUCAGCAUGCUUGCCUAUAACCAUUGAUGUUGGAACAAACAACGAACAGUUGUUGAAGGAUGAAUUUUACAUUGGGCUCAGACAAAAGAGGGCUACUGGAAAGGAAUAUGCUGAGCUUCUACACGAAUUCAUGUCUGCAGUAAAGCAAAACUAUGGGGAAAAAGUCCUUAUACAGUUUGAAGAUUUUGCAAAUCACAAUGCUUUUGAGCUGCUAGCAAAAUACCGCACAAGCCAUCUCGUCUUCAAUGAUGAUAUACAGGGAACAGCAUCUGUGGUUCUGGCAGGGCUUAUUGCAGCUUUGAAAUUAGUUGGGGGAACUUUGGCUGACCAUAAAUUCUUAUUUUUGGGUGCUGGGGAGGCUGGAACUGGCAUAGCAGAGCUUAUAGCUCUUGAGAUGUCAAAAGAGACAAAAGCUCCAUUGGAGGAAACACGAAAGAAGAUUUGGCUUGUGGAUUCGAAGGGACUCAUUGUCAGUUCUCGCAAGGAGUCACUUCAACAUUUCAAGAAGCCUUGGGCACAUGAGCGUGAACCUGUAAAGGAUCUUUUAGAUGCUGUUAAGGCUAUCAAGCCAACGGUGCUAAUAGGAUCAUCUGGAGUAGGAAAGACAUUUACAAAAGAGGUGGUUGAAGCCAUGGUAUCCUUCAAUGAGAAACCUCUUAUUCUUGCUCUAUCCAAUCCAACUUCACAAUCAGAGUGCACAGCUGAAGAAGCCUAUACAUGGAGCAAGGGCCGGGCAAUAUUUGCUAGUGGAAGCCCAUUUGAUCCUGUUGAACAAGAUGGGAAAGUUUUUGUCCCAGGCCAGGCAAACAAUGCUUACAUAUUUCCUGGAUUUGGUUUGGGUUUGAUCAUAUCUGGUGCCAUUCGUGUGCAUGAUGACAUGCUUUUGGCAGCCUCGGAGGCUCUGGCUGCACAGGUGACUGAGGAAAACUUUGGGAAGGGCCUGUUGUACCCACCAUUCUCCAAUAUCAGGAAGAUAUCAGCCCAUAUUGCUGCUAAUGUUGCUGCAAAGGCAUAUGAACUUGGUCUGGCUUCUCGUCUUCCUAGACCUAAGAAUCUUAUCAAGUAUGCAGAGAGCUGCAUGUACAGCCCUGUUUACCGAAGCUACCGUUGAACAGGGGCAGAAAUCCCCUGCAGUUUUGUAAUCUGCAGUUUAAUUAUAGGCUUUUCAUCAUUCUUUUUCAUUUGUAUGCCCCCUUCCAGCUCUUAUUUCUUUUUCUCGACAUAUGUUAUAUGCGGAUCCUGAUGUUGGUAUUGCUAUCCAUGAUUAAUUUUUAAGUAUAGUGCUGGUAAUAUUUACGUGAAGUUAGCUUUAUUUUAUGAUAUGAUUGAACAUGUCAGCAAAAAUUUAUCAAUAAACUUAGUUUGCCUCCAA